GGCACAGGCCAAUUUUAUGGGUGAGGGCGCAGAGGAAACAGCUGAACACAGAAAAUCUCAGAGGGAGUAGACAGAAAGAAGCGACUGGAGAAGGAAAGAGGAGACAGAACGGAGAAAGGCGACCGAGACCGAGCCACAUAACUUAACUGCAUUCAGCGUCCUUUGAAUUGCUGUUCUAGUUUGUUCAUUUAACGUAUCUGAACAAGGAAACAUACGUUAGUCGCUGAAUUUAAAUAUAAUUGUCGUGAAAAUCGAUUAGCCAGGUCCAGUUGAAGAAACAACUCUGUUUGUGGAGACGGAGGGAAUGUUACGUUAGCUUAACCCUAUCGUUGCCAGAUUGAUUGCUUCAUGUCUACCUCGUAGAGGGGUUCUCCAGUGGAAUGCCUGUGCCAUAAUGAUGUCCGCGGCUCGUGCGCCACGCGAAGGUACCCAGGAGGGGUGUGUCUGGGUCAUGUCCAUACGGAGGACGGGUUUUUGGAGAACCACUUCCUGUUUAGUUACUUCCUGUUUGUUGGACUUCCCUCACAACAGCCUGCCAGCUCACUGACGUCCAGCCACCGGUGGAGUGUCCCAGGACGCUGCUGAACCCCUUCCCCUUCCCCCUGGGGAUGGUGUCGCUGGUUCACGGGAGAAGCUGUGGCAAUGGACGGGCACCUGGGGUGGAAAUAGGGGGGCAGAAGUGUGGCACGGUGCAGAUGUGGAACACCCAGGAGGGCAUGAGAGGAAGAGAGGGGUGCUGUCCUGCUACACUCUCCACAGGAAGGCAGUCGCUCCGUGUUACCCACAAAGAAGUGACUCUUUAGGCUGAGGCCCGGGGCGAGUCUAACUCUCACUCAGUUUGCACUUUAAAAAAAAAAAGGAAUAUAAUAACAUAAAUCAUUUUUACUUGACCACACCCCACCCAACCCGAGUUGUUCAUAGUCAUACAGAACUGAAGGAGAUAUGCGGCACAUCCAUAUGGAAAUCGCACACCUGCGCAAGGAGCCCUCUGCCGAGCUUCCCGCCCAAGAGGGGGCUCUUCCAGGCGGGGGGCAGACAGAGGAUGUGACAUCGGGGACAGAGCUGGAGGCAGAGCCAGCAAUGGGGACAGAGUCGCUCCGGCCCUUUGGGGAAGAGGAGAUCAAGCUGCAGAAGGUCUACCAGCUGUCCAUCUUCUCCCAGCGCAGGGGACUUGUCGACCCCCCUGAGGGGCACAGAGUCCUGAGGUCGGGGGUGAAGAGGGCCCUGGAGGAGCCGAUUCCAGAUCAUAAGCGCCCCCACCUGGCGGGGCAGGGCGAUGACAUGGACAGCGAGGUCCUGUGUGGUCCUGGUCAGCCCUUGUCCCCUGCGGGGGGGAGCGGGAUGGAGCACAGGGAGGGUACACCCCCCCACACCCCAAACCUGCAGUCAGCCAGGACCUCCCUGCCCGGGAGGCGUCCAGCUCUGCACAAUCACCACCGGCCCCUACCCGAUGCACAGGCUCCUCUGUCCCCCAAAUACCAGCUCCUGUCCGACUCCCAUCCUGCGCACUCCCCCAAAUACCAGCCACUGUCCGACCCCCACCAUGCACACUCCCCCAAAUACCAGCCCCUCUCUGAUCCCUCUCUGACACUGUCCCCAAAAUACCAGGCCCUCUCUGACCCCCAUCCUGCACUGUCUCCCAAAUACCAGCCCCUGACUGACCCCCACCCGGCACUUUCCCCCAAAUACCAGCCCCUCUCUGACCCCCAGGCCUCAAUGUCACCCAGGUCCCAAUCCCUCUCUCCUAAAUACCAUCCUCUGCUCGACCCCCACUCCCCGCUUUCUCUAAAAUACCAGCCUGAUCCCCACUCCCCUCUUUCUCCAAGAUACCAGCAUGACCCUCACUCCCCUCUCUCCCCAAAAUACCUCCCGGAGCCCCACUCCCCACUCUCUCCAAAAUACCAGCUUGACCCCCAAUAUUCACUCUCUCCAAAAUACUACCAGCCCCUGGUGGACCCCCAGGCCCCACUGUCUCCCAGGUACUCUCCUUUGCGUGAUCCGCAAUCCCCGCUCUCCCCUCGAUCCCUGCCCCCGGACGAUCCUCGUUCCCCUCCGCCCCACGACCCCACGGCCACAGCCACCCUGCCCAGGACUGAGACCUCUUCAGCGGGCAGCGGUGAGGGUUUCACCCCUGGUCACUAUGGAAAGGAGGACUGCUCCAACGGGAGCUCGGACCCAGAGGCCCUCGCCAAUCUGACCCCCUGCCGAUCACCAGGAUCUCCACCCAUGGUCCCCCUGGGGCCGGAAGAAGCGAGGGCCUGGGUGGAGAGUCUGGAGUCCUCCCCUACAGAUCGGACCGCUGGCCCAGUGACUUCCAGCAACGGCUUGCCCUCUUCUGAGAAAACCCCCAGUGGUCCCCUGGGUGGGGGGUCCUCCCCCUCUCCCGUCUGCCCCGCCAAAAAGAGACUCCUGUCCUCCAGCGACACAGGGGAGUCCUGUUCCGAGGACGAAGGCCCGUCCACCUCCAAGAGGAGCCGCCUGGCCCUGCUGGCCCCAGGCCUGGGCCUUGGGGCCUGCCGCAGCACCGACGCCAAGGGCGCCCCCUUCUGGAACCACUUGCUGCCUGCGGCACGCGAGAGACCCAAGGGUUCCACAGACGGUACGCGAGCAGGAAGAAGACUGAACUGUGCGACCCGGCUGAAAUCGAGGCAGCUGCGCAGUGGACGGAGGUCAGAGCCCUAUCGCUCAGGGCGUCCCAGCUGGCCCUCCGCCUCCGUCAGCCACUCCCUCCUGGGCAACUUUGAGGAGUCGAUCCUGAAGGGGCGUUUCUCACCGUCGGGCCGGAUCGAGGGCUUUACGGCAGAGAUCGGAGCGAGCGGGUCCUACUGCCCCCAGCACGCCACCCUGCCUGUGCAGGUCUCCUACUACGACAUCUCUGAGCACAGCGCCCCCUCCCCCUUCCUGGGGGUGAUCUAUCUGGAUGCCCUGGGGAAGAAGGGAUACAGUGUACCCAAAGCAGGGACCAUCCAAGUGACCUUAUUCAACCCCAACAAAACGGUGGUGAAGAUGUUCCUGGUGACCUACAACUUUGGGGACAUGCCUGUCAAUCAUAUGACCUUCCUGCGCCAUCGCAUCUUCCUGGUGCCCGUGGAGGAGGGGGAGGGCAAAGGGGAGGCGCCGGAGGUCGGGGCCACAGACAGGAAGAAGAUCCUCUGCUACCUGAUACACCUCAGAUUCCAGAGCUCCAAAUCCGGGAAGCUCUACUUGCACGACGAUAUCCGGCUGCUGUUCUCCCGUAAAUCCAUCGAGGUGGACACGGGGAUCCCCUACGAGCUGAAAUCCUAUACCGAGGUGCCAAAAAACCCAACGUACUCGCCCCGGGUCUGAACCCCAGCAAACUCUGCCCCCUGGUGGCUCGGAGGGGGAAGGCAUGGAGCGGACUCGAGACUGUUCGUACAGACGAGGGGAAGGGACACUCGAAAGACAAAAUGUGCACACGCACAUGCGGACAGAGACACACACACGCACACACACACACCUCACAGAACUCUCUUUGGUUUCAGCGUUAAAUAUGCAUGCCUUGUAACAAAACCGAGUUCUCUCUUAGUGCCGUUUUUUACAGUUAUAGAAAAAAAAAAAAUUAGCUUCGCGUUCUGUCUGUACACCCAGCCUAUCUGCAGGCCCCUCCCUUAUCCCGAGUGGACCAAUAACAUCUGGACAGCCCGAAGUAGUGGCCCAAUCAAAUCAUAGGACCCCGCUAGUGGACUUCCUGCUGAGGUGCGGGAAGGGAAAGUAAUUAUUUUUCUCGCAAGGAAUGGGAGAGAACUCCAAAAUGACCAUGGGCCACCCUUGAUUCCUCUCAAGGCGGGGGGGGGGGGGGCUGUUCCACCAGAAGAUGUGGCUGCUGUCUGAUAAAAUGUCUGUAACCCACGGUUUUCACACAAAUCAACGUUGCAGAGCGUUUGAAGACAUCCCCUAGCCUGGACCUGCCUGAUGGGAUCAACAACUGUGUAUGACCAGGGCUGGGGUGGGAGGAGCAUGUGGAUGGGGUGUGGCCUGUGCAGCGUACAAGCCCCUUGUAGCAGACAGACUGGGGAACUUCCUGUGCAUUACAUAUUUCUGUUGACAGUCUCUGACAGGAAGACGAGCAGUAGUGUUUCCCUUGUUUUGCAUAUGUCUUAAGGCGAUACGCAGCACCGUUUUGUGAGUGUGACUUACUUUGGCAGAGCAGUGUAGAGUCGGUGCUUGUGGAUGAGGGAGUUGAAAGGGAGGGAAGGAGGGAGGGGAGGGUUGUUGGGGGUAUUUAAAAUUCAAAUAUAUAUACAUAUAUUUAAAGUAUAAAAAACUCUAUGGCUUGCAGGUAACACAGGUGCUUGGCAACAGCUGGUGAAUCGGUUAAUUGUAUUUUGCGUGUUUGCAAGUUAUAUCUUCUCACAAAUGGGUAUUUUCUCACUUCAGUACCUGUUCGCGUAUGGCCAGAGUUCAGUAUUCACUCCCAGCAGUACAGUUAUGGCUUCAGUGCUUCAGGAAACACACACCUUAUUUAUUUAUUUUAACCUAUUUAUCGCUGUCUGUUUACAGUCCGUGUGGAAAAGUUCUUCUUACCUCACGUGUGCACUGUGCAUGUCUCAGUGAACAAAAUUUGGAAACUUUGUGUCAGUUUGAAACAAAUCGACGUGGUGCAAACACAGGCCGUACCGUACCUCUUCUGAUUAAAUCUGUAAGAGACCAAAAUUAGCUGCUUUUGGAUGACCAGCAUUUCAUUUGAUGCACACCUAAACAGGAAGAACACGAGUAUGGCUCAUUUUAGCGCAUUGUUUGCAAUGCACCAUUUCGCAAUUAUUUAAGAAGACAAACGCUCUUUGUAAGAAUUUAGCAGUUUUGUCCGGGCAGUCAGGAAUUAUUAUUGAUUGUUGUUUUCUUAUUCGAAUGUAAAGUUUAAUUUGACUUAUGAGGAUGUUUGUUUGGAAUGGAAGUCAAAUUACCUUCCAGAACAGUGCGUCUUGCACAGUAAAAGGCAUUUGUUAAGCUGAAAGUGCUGACCAAGGUUGUUUCUGUUCAGUUCUAAAGGUCAGGAUUCACACUGGUUUUGUGUUGCAGCACUCAAUCACAGCUCGAUAAAGAUGCAAAUAUUUCAGCAAAUCUAAACUUGCAUAAUUUUUUUGGCAUGAAUCACAACUUUAGCAACAAAGCAUUUGGCAAUUAUUAACAUCCAGGCUUAUGGUUUGUUUUUUGCUAUCCAAAACUUGCAUCAUACCUAAGCGCAGUUUUGUGAGGCUUGGCUUUGGUACUGCAAAUUAUACAGGAAGCCGAUUCCCUUACGUCAGUGCAGUGUAUGAGGCUGAUUAAAGACCUGGGUCUCCCAGUGUAAGAGUCCCACAGCCUCACAUAACACACAGAUCUGUGCUUCUUAUUGGACAUCAUCCCCUGCAGUCACACUACUCCCCUGAGACUGUGACAGAACAGUGCCCCUCCAGCACACUGAAGACCCACCGGCUGUUCACAUCGAGGAAUAAUAAAGAGAUAGGACACCAGUAAUGUUCUUACUUUACUGGUGAAUCAGUGGCUCCACCGAUCACGGAGUACGUUGGUAACAACCUGUACAACAACACUGAUGGUGAUUGGUGGCGCAGGAGGUACCCAGAAAGCAAUUGGUGUCAGUAUUGUUGUAUUGGCUGGUACCAAGUUCCUCUGUUUUCCGUCAUAUGUAAGGUAAGGUCUCUGUUUUAACAGUGUUGUGUUGUGUGAGACCCAGGUUGGGAAAGCCAUGUCUUACCUGAGUGUAACUACAGUCUGAUUUAUCAGUGGAACAAUCAAAGGAGCAAUCAGUAUCUCACCUCGUGACACAUUUGUUGACAUUCUUUGAACAAGCCAGGCAGACUUACGACAGGACCCAGAAUGCACUUGUGUUAAACAGACCCCAUCAGCCAAUCGGGACCUGAGAUUUCUCCUUAAGUCAGAUGAGCGAGAGCCCUGUGUUGCCUAGCAGCCCCGGCUUUGCACCUUGCCAAGAGUAAAAAAAAAUACCUGGAACUGGUCUCUUUGUACACAAAAUAAAAGUUUUAAAAAACGGU